AGGCGCGCGGCGCUGGAUUAUUUGGGCAGAGCGGCUGCAGCCACGGUGGAUGUUACGCAGACACACGACGGAGCUUCCAUCUAUUCACACCGCGAGUUGUUUUUAUUUCCACCGGCUGCGCAGCGCGGGGAGCUGAUAUGGUUGUGAGGGCCUGUUUCUAUCGUCCUGUUGUACAGUGAGGCAGUGAGCUCACGGUGGAUACAGCAUGCAUGUGUCGACAUAUCCCAUGAUGCACUCUGCCAGUCCAGGCCUGCUCCUCCUCAGCUUCCUCUUCCUCGCUGAUGCUGACUCACCUCCCAGAUUCACGCGAACCCCAGAAGACCAAACAGGAGUCCAGGGGGGAGUGGCUUCCUUUGUGUGCCAGGCCACAGGGGAUCCGCAGCCCAAGAUUGUCUGGAACAAAAAAGGCAAAAAAGUCAGCAACCAGAGAUUUGAGGUAAUAGAGUUUGACGAUGGCUCCGGCUCUGUCCUGAGGAUCCAGCCUCUGAGGACCCCGAGAGAUGAGGCUAUUUACGAAUGUCACGCCUCCAACUCCGCAGGAGAGCUCAUUGCUUCCACCAAACUGAGUGUGCUACGAGAGGACCAGCUGCCCUCGGGGUUUCCCACCAUAGACAUGGGUCCCCAGCUGAAAGUGGUGGAGCGUUCUCGGACGGCCACCAUGCUCUGUGCCGCUAGCGGCAAUCCUGACCCAGAAAUUACCUGGUUCAAGGAUUUCCUGCCAGUCAACACGUCCAAUAACAAUGGACGAAUCAAACAGCUCCGCUCAGGUGCCCUCCAGAUAGAGAUGAGCGAGGAGUCAGACCAGGGGAAGUACGAGUGUGUUGCCACCAACAGCGACGGGACACGCUAUUCCACCCCGGCUAACCUCUAUGUCAGAGAGCUGCGAGAAGUGCGUCGCGUCCCCCCUCGCUUCUCAAUCCUGCCGGCAGACAGCGAGAUCAUGCCAGGGGGGAACAUCAACAUCACCUGCGUGGCAGUGGGCUCCCCCAUGCCCUACGUGAAGUGGAUGCUGGGAGCCGAAGACCUGACUCCCGAGGACGACAUGCCCAUCGGCCGCAACGUUCUGGAGCUGACGGACAUACGCCAGUCCAACAACUACACGUGUGUCGCCAUGUCGACGCUUGGCGUGAUUGAGGUGGUGGCGCAGAUUACUGUGAAAGCUCUGCCGAAGGCUCCCGGCAUCGCGGUGGUGACGGAGAGAACUGCAACCAGCAUCACACUCACCUGGGACUCUGGCAACGCUGAGCCCGUCUCCUACUACAUCAUACAGCACCGUGCCAAAGGCUCCGAGGACCCCUACAAAGAGAUUGAUGGCAUUGCCACGACGCGCUACAGCGUGGGCGGCCUCAGCCCUUACUCCCACUAUGACUUUCGCGUGGCAGCCGUUAACACCAUUGGCCAAGGCCCCUCCAGCGAUGCGGUGGAGGCCCGCACGGCCGAGCAGGCCCCCUCCUCGCCCCCCCGACAGGUCCGGGGCCGUAUGCUGAGCACAACCACAGCGAUCAUCCACUGGGACGAACCAGAGGAACCUAACGGACAGGUGGUCGGUUACCGAGUGUACUACACCUCGGACAACACGCUGUCAGUCAACCAGUGGGAGAAACAGAUGGUGCGCAGCGCCAACUUCAUCACCAUCCAGGGUUUGACCCCCAACAAGACCUAUUACAUCAGAGUGCUGGCCUUCACCUCCGUGGGAGACGGACCCCUCUCCCAGGAUCUGCAGAUUAUAGCCAAGACUGGAGUUCCAUCCCAACCUUCAGAAUUUAAGGGUGAGGCCAAGUCUGAAACCAGUAUCCUUUUGUCCUGGGUGGCCCCGCCCCAAGGUGGCCCUGACAACCAGAUCACAGGGUACGAACUGGUCUACAGACGAGCCGACGAAUCCGAGGAGAAGAAAAUGAGCUUUGAGCCGACCACCUCCCACCUGCUGAAGAACCUGAAGCCUUUCUCCACCUACACCUUCCAGCUGGCCGCCAAGAGCAAGCACGGGAUCGGGGCGUAUACCAACGAAGUGUCCAUGGACACGCCGCAGACGCUUCCAUCGGCACCGCCCCAGGACAUCACGUGCACCAGUCCCAGCUCUACCAGCAUCCUGGUAAGUUGGGCCCCGCCUCCCCUGGAGUUUCAGAACGGCAUAAUUACCGGAUACUCCAUCCAGCACUCGACCACGGAGGGCAACAAAACGUCCAAAAGGGUUGACGGUAUCCCUCCGGAAAGUUCCCCCUAUCUCCUGGAAAACCUGGAGAAAUGGACCGAGUACGGCGUAACCAUACGAGCGCAGACGGAAGCCGGGGACGGACCGGAAAGUUUACAGCUGCUUAUCCGCACCGAGGAGGAUGUUCCAAGUGGUCCUCCGCGAGGGGUUGAGGGGGAGACUGUGAACGCCUCGGCCAUUAGGGUGAAAUGGCGAGCACCAGCCCCCGAGCGGCAGCACGGUCAGAUCAGAGGCUACCAAGUCCACUUUGUGAGGAUGAACUACGGCGAGCCUCAGGGACAGCCCCUCAUCAAGGACAUCCUCAUGGAGGACUCGCAGUGGGCAUACGAUGACUCAACUGAAUAUAGCGUCAGUCUUGGGGACCUGCAGGCAGACACUGGCUACUCAGUAUCAGUGGGGGCUUACACUGCCAAAGGCGACGGUGCUCGCAGCAAACCUGUUACCGUCUGCACUGCCAUGCCACUGCCUGAGAAGCCCAAACUGUUGGUGAGUGCCACUAAUUCAGGUACCGCUCUCCUUCAGUGGCACCCUCCCCCAAACCCGCCCACCCCGCUCCUCGGGUACCGCCUCACCUUUGGCCGCGUAGACGUCCUCCCCUUCACGGUGGUGGAGUUUCCCACCAAGGAGAACCGCUACACGGCCCACGACAUCCACAAGGGAGCAAACUAUGUGUUCAAACUCUCCGUCCGAAACAAAAUGGGCUACGGGGAGGAGGCGGUAAAGGAGGUGACCACCCCAGAGGACGCCCCAAGUGGAUACCCAGAAAAUAUAAACUCUGAUGAAGCCUUUGCCACCUCGCUCAGACUGAUAUGGAAAUCAGUCCCUCUUAUUGAGCAGAACGGGAAAAUCACGCAGUACUCUGUGCUGUAUAAAGAUAUAAACAGUCGAGGGAACGCCUCUGAAGUUAUGGUGCCCGCUCCAGGGUCGAGUGUGUUGUUGGAGGCUCUGAGUGCCGAUACUGUGUAUGAAGUCAGGGCGUGCGCGUUCACAGCUGUCGGCCCUGGGCCGUACAGCCCUGGUGUCCAGUUUAGGACACAGCGGCUGGACCAAGUUUUUGCAACCAACUUCAGAGUAAAAGCCGCCAUGAAGAACUCUGUCCUUCUCUCCUGGGAGAUCCGAGAAAAGAACCCUGCACAGCCCUUCACUAUCCUGUACGGAAAGGGCCAGUCGGUGGAAGUGGAUGGAAAACAGACUCAGAAGCUGAUCACCGGCCUGGAGCCCAACACUCUGUACUCCUUUCUGCUCACCAACCGGGCCAACAGCGCCGGGGGCCUGCAGCACCGCGUCACCGCCACCACGGCCCCCGACAUCCUCAAGACCAAGCCCACCGUGGUGGGGAAGACCAACGCAGACGGCAUGGUGACUGUGCAACUACCCACCGUGCAGACCACGGCUAAAGUCAGGGGUUACUACGUGGUGGUGUUGCCCCUGAAGAAGCAGAGAGGGAAGUUCCUGAAUCCCUGGGAGGAGCCUGAUCAGAUGAACAUGGAUGAGCUGCUAAAGGAGAUCAACAGGACGAGUGUCAGUCACGCCCUUCGCAUCCGCAGACAGGCGGGCCAAUCAGAUCCCAAGGCCUAUGUCACCGCCCACUUUAAGACCCUCCCCCUGGAGUUCACACUGGGUGAUGCACGAAACUAUGGGGACUUCCGCAACCGCCCACUGCAGAACGGACAGGAGUAUGUGUUCUUUGUGCUCGCACUGCUCGACCUCUCCGAGAAUACCAUGUUUGCCACCAGCCCUUAUUCUGACCCCGUCACCUCACUGGAUGUGGACCCAAAGCCAAUAGUUGACGAAGAGGAGGGGCUGCUGUGGGUGGUGGGGCCUGUGCUGGCUGUCAUCUUCAUCGUCUGCAUUGUCAUCGCCAUUCUCCUCUUCAAGAGCCAACCUGACAGGAAACGAGCCGAGGCCGAAGGCAGGAAGGGAAGUUUCCCCUGCAGCAAAGCCAUGUCGUCUCACCACCCCACUGAUCCUGUGGAGCUCCGCAGGAUAAACUUCCAGACUCCAGCCUACCGUGUAUCAGUGUACCGCGGCUAUCGCCGUUUGUCAAGCAUGGCAAGUCACCCGCCCGUCCCCAUCUCGGAGAUGGCAGAUCACAUUGAGCGCCUCAAGGCAAACGACAAUCUCAAGUUCUCUCAAGAGUACGAGUCCAUCGACCCUGGUCAGCAGUUCACAUGGGAGAACUCCAACCUGGAGGUCAACAAACCAAAGAACCGCUAUGCUAACGUCAUCGCCUAUGACCACUCCAGGGUUAUACUCUCCAGCAUAGAUGGUGUCCCAGGCAGUGACUACAUCAACGCUAACUAUGUCGAUGGCUACCGCCGUCAGAAUGCCUAUGUCGCAACUCAGGGCUCCCUCCCUGAGACCUUUGGGGACUUCUGGAGAAUGAUCUGGGAGCAGCACACAGCCAACAUUAUCAUGAUGACCAAGCUGGAGGAGAAGUCACGGGUGAAGUGCGAUCAGUACUGGCCGACCCGGGGCACCGAGACCUACGGCCUCAUUCAGGUCACUCUGCUGGACACAGUGGAGCUGGCUACCUACUCUGUCAGGACCUUCGCUCUGUACAAGAGCGGCUCCAAUGAGAAGCGUGAGGUUCGUCACUUCCAGUUCACAGCCUGGCCGGACCACGGGGUGCCCGAGCACCCUACGCCCUUCCUGGCCUUCCUCCGGAGGGUUAAGGCCUGCAACCCUCCAGAUGCAGGACCCAUGGUCGUCCAUUGCAGCGCUGGAGUGGGUCGCACAGGCUGCUUCAUCGUGAUCGAGGCCAUGGCCGAGCGCAUCAAGCACGAGAAGACCCUCGACAUCUAUGGUCACGUCACGCUGAUGCGCUCCCAGAGGAACUACAUGGUCCAGACGGAGGAUCAGUACAUCUUCAUCCACGAUGCACUGCUGGAGGCCGUGACCUGCGGGAACACCGAGGUCCCCGCCAGGAACCUGUACUCCUACAUCCAGAGGCUGACCCAGAUUGAACCGGGAGAGAAUGUCACCGGCAUGGAGCUGGAGUUCAAGCGUCUGGCCAGUGCCAAGGCCCACACAUCACGGUUCGUGAGUGCCAACCUGCCAUGCAACAAGUUCAAGAACCGGCUGGUGAACAUCAUGCCCUAUGAGACCACGCGGGUGUGUCUGCAGCCAAUCAGAGGAGUGGAGGGUUCCGACUACAUCAACGCCAGCUUCAUCGAUGGAUACAGGCAGCAGAGGGCCUAUAUAGCCACUCAAGGGCCCCUGGCUGAGACAACAGAGGACUACUGGAGGAUGCUGUGGGAACACAACUCCACCAUUGUUGUCAUGUUAACCAAACUGAGAGAAAUGGGACGGGAGAAGUGUCACCAGUACUGGCCCGCUGAGCGCUCGGCCAGGUACCAGUACUUUGUGGUGGAUCCCAUGGCUGAGUACAACAUGCCCCAGUACAUCCUCCGAGAGUUCAAAGUGACCGAUGCCAGGGAUGGCCAAUCACGGACGGUUCGUCAGUUCCAGUUCACUGAUUGGCCGGAGCAAGGAGUGCCAAAGUCAGGGGAGGGAUUCAUUGAUUUCAUUGGCCAGGUGCAUAAAACGAAAGAGCAGUUUGGCCAGGACGGGCCAAUUUCGGUGCACUGCAGCGCUGGAGUGGGAAGGACCGGUGUGUUCAUCACCCUCAGCAUCGUGCUGGAGAGGAUGAGGUACGAGGGCGUGGUGGACAUUUUCCAGACGGUCAAGAUGCUGCGCACCCAGAGACCAGCCACCGUUCAGACCGAGGACCAGUACCAGUUCUGCUACCGGGCCAGUCUGGAGUACCUGGGAAGCUUCGACCACUAUGCAACAUAAACCCAGUGGCUCUCUCUCUCUCAUGCCACAUCCCACCUAGUGCACUUUUCUUAGGUCACGCGCAGCCUGAAUUAAUGCAUUAGGCUGCGAUGUUUCUUUGAAGAUUCCGCCACCACAUGCAGAGUGAAGGGGGGGGGGGCCGCCGGCUUGUCCCGUACCCAGAAACAGCACCUCUAACUGAGCCAUAGCAACCCGCUUGACAAGGGGGUUCCCUUCCACCCCUCAGCCCCAACACGCCGAUCGGUCAGUCUGAAGACGCAACUUCAACCACUGUUCCAGUCAGAACACUUGAUCAGAUCUCUAGAUUUUUUGAAUUCAUUUCUGUGCUGUUGUGAGCACCCAGAUCGCUUUACAUUGUCAGGGGUGUGGAACUCUGCACCUCGUCCACCACCAGUGUAGCAUCACCAACUUGAAAACAGGACCCAGCUACGGUUAUUCAGCUGCCACAGCAAAUGUUUUUGAUUUUUCUAUCGUGGGGACUGUCGUGAGGGAGACCAAGGAUCCGUUCGAUGGACGCCUCGUGGACUGAACGAACUGGGACUUUUGAGCACCAGGGAAUUGCCAACAGGAAACUGAAAACACAGAGCACACAGUAUUAAAAUGACCAAGAACACACAUCCAAAAAAAAAAAAGACACCAAGAAGUGUUUUUUUUUUAUUUCUGUUUUAUUUUGGAAACGGACUCAUUUCCUGUGAAUGAACAAGAUGUUUCUAUCAUGUAGUAAUGGAAAGAAACACCAGUUCUACCUUACGCGUGUCACGGUUUAAGAUAUGGGGAAGUUUGAGAGAAAUAAAAAACGCAUCAUACCACAAAGUAAAACAUUCAUUUAGUUUUUUAGAAAAAAUAUGAAUAUGUGAUUACCUUGUUUUAAAAAAAAAACAUAAACGGGGUAGUCCUUAUGGCACGUUCUGUUUCUUUGUUUUUACGGAUGUAUAACUUUGUCCCCACUGGCCAUAGAAAGGCAAAGCUGUGUGUGAGCCAAUGAGCUGAAGCGUCCUGUUUCCUUUUAAAAAAAACGUGAUACAAACUGUUUUUCAAGUGUACAAUCAAAUCUCGUGUGGGAAAUGUUCACAGCACCACGACAAAACACCACCACUGAGUGUCACUCUCCUGUAUUCUCCACCCACCCUCUCUUUGUUUAAAAAGGACACGUAUGUUCACACGCACACGCGGGACUCUCAGCCUCGUCUCCACGUGCUCUACGACGUCAGACGCCCCGAGAAUGGCCGACCAUUUUUUCUUUCUUGUUUGUUUGUUUGUUUUGAACUCCCAGAGACACAGUAUUAACCCUGCUGCUGCCGAGUCCUGACGAACAACCCCCGCCACGGUGUUCCGUGUGCACGCCAAGAGAACGGCCGAUAGAACACACGAAUGGAGAGUAUGCACAGAACGCAAAAUAUAUAUAUAGAAAAAAAAAUAUUUAUGUGUCCAAAUAAGCUUCACAAAGAUUUGUCAAACAGGGCGUGAGGAACGGAUGUAGAGGAGGGGUGGGGGGGGUCAUCGAAAAAAAAAAAAACUUUUCUCACCGGAAUGCUCACGUAUGACUUUUCUCUGUCUGAUUCAGUGUGCAAUAAGUAGAUGUAUUAUAUAUAUAUAUAUUUUUGUGUGGAGUCACUAACAGCAAGUUAUAUAUGCCAGUGCGAUGAUGGUGCAAUGUUUUUCCAGACACGCGGAUGUUAGGCUCCGUGAGGCUCCCAC